UGUGGGUGCUAUCAAAUUCCCGAUCCUACGAAGUACAGUACAGACAGACCUGUACAUCAUCAGCUACAUUUCAAUCUCAAGAAACCUACACCACGAACCACAAUCCUCCUCAUCCCUCUCCCUCCCCUCCACCCCGGGACAACCAACCACUACAAUGCUCCCAACACCAUGCACCUCGCACGUCUCCUUCGACACGAUCUACGAACCCGCCGAAGACAGCUACCUAUUCCUGGACACGCUCUCCUCGGCCAGCGAAACCGCCUGGCUAACGCAGCACUUCCGCACGGGGCCCAGCCCGCUGAUUCUAGAGGUAGGGUCCGGCUCAGGCGUGGUGUUGGCCUUCGUAGCCGGCAACGCGCCCACGCUGCUCGGCCGCGCCGACAUCCUCUCGCUAUCCACGGACCUCAACCGCGCCGCCUGCCUCGCGACCUGUGAAACAGUGCGGAAGGCCAUCGAUGCGCAGCAGCCGCCAGCACACCCAAAUACAACUCCAGAAUCAACCACCACCCCCCCGACCCCAGAAACCACAAUCCCAAGAUCAACGCACCUAACAUCCCUCCACACCUCCCUCGCAACACCCCUCCGGGAAAAAACAGUGGACCUCCUCCUCUUCAACCCACCCUACGUACCCACAGAAUCCGUGCCACGCGCCCCUACACCCGCUGACUUUCCCGACCCCCACCCCAAUACCUCCGAAAAGGUGAAAGGAAAAGGAAGAGACUUCGAAAGAGAAUCCUACCUCCUCUCGCUCACAUACGCAGGCGGGAAGGACGGGAUGGAGAUCACGGAGCUGCUGCUGCGGGAUCUGCCGCGGGUGCUGAGCGAGCGCGGGGUGGCGUAUGUGUUGCUUUGUGCGCAGAAUCAACCACAAAAGGUUGUGGAGCGGAUUAGGACUUCGGGGUUUUCUGAGGGGGAGGAGGGUUUGGGGGAUACAGAGGAAGGACAAGGGAAGGGGAAGUGGUGCGCGGAGAUCGCGGGGUCGAGUGGGGUGAAGGCUGGGUGGGAGCGGUUGGUUAUUGUUAGAAUUUGGAGGGAUCUUUGAGCUGGGGUGUUUUUGGUGUAGUGUAUAUAAAGGGGAUUGGGUAGGAGGGGAUAGAUAGAGUAGAAUAGAAUAGAA